AAAGAGAAUCGGCUUUUGCCGGACGGAGCUUUUUGAUCUCUUUUCCUCACACCUUCUCAUAUAGUUCUCUCCAUCGACCUGAUGACUCCAUUACCUUCAUGAAGACCUUCAACCUCAUCAACCCGGCUCCUCAAAAUCCCAUCUUUUGAACCCUGACUACGUAUAUGUAGGUAAAACUGCUUUAUCUGUAUAAAUGGCGUUUCACGAUCACGAUAUGACUUUCGACUCUUUCGGCGACCACGAUGACAGAGAGGCUGUGCACCAACGCCUCAUGCUCGACACCACCGGGAAGACUCCGCUCUCAGUUACCGUCUCCGAGGCCGGUGGAUCCGGAGCUCCCACUUGGCUCAGCGAUGCUAUUCUCCGGCGUCAGGAUUCCGUCCAUCUUCGCGGUCGACAAGACGAGGUCUCCGCGAUUAUGAAUUCCGGCGAGAGCGGGGAUCGAAACCGGACGGAGAGCGAAUGCGAAGCGACCUGGGAGUGGGAGAGCGCCAAGCAGAAGGCGGACAUAGCGGCCCACCCGCUUUACGAGCAGUUGCUGUCGGCACAUGUGGCUUGUCUCAGGAUCGCUACGCCAGUGGACCAGUUGCCGAGGAUCGACGCUCAGCUUGCUCAGUCCCAGCGCGUGGUGGCCAAGUACUCAGUGCUCGGAAACGGCUCGGUGGACGACAAGGAGCUCGAUCAGUUUAUGACACAUUAUGUUCUAUUGCUCUGUUCCUUUAAAGAACAAUUGCAACAACAUGUUCGUGUUCAUGCCAUGGAGGCAGUAAUGGCUUGUUGGGAGCUGGAGCAGUCUUUGCAAAGCUUAACAGGUGUAUCUCCAGUUGACAGUACAGGUGCUACAAUGUCUGAUGAUGAAGAUGACCAAGCAGAUAGUGACACCAACUUGUAUGAUGGAAAUAUGGAUGGGCAUGACAGCAUGGGAUUUGGCCCUCUCAUCCCAACUGAAAGUGAGAGGUCCUUGAUGGAGCGUGUAAGACAAGAACUGAAGCAUGAGCUCAAACAGGGUUACAAGGAGAAGAUUGUAGACGUUAGAGAGGAGAUUCUACGAAAGAGAAGAGCAGGAAAGCUUCCAGGUGACACCACCUCCCUCUUAAAAGCUUGGUGGCAAUCACAUUCAAAGUGGCCAUACCCAACGGAGGAAGACAAAGCAAGGUUGGUUCAGGAAACAGGCUUGCAAUUAAAGCAAAUAAAUAACUGGUUCAUAAAUCAAAGGAAACGAAAUUGGCACAGUAACCCUUCAUCUCCCACUGUUGUGAAGAGCAAACGCAAAAGUAAUGCAGGUGAAGCCAGCAAGCAGCCCUUCUAGUAAUUGGACAGUCUCGAAGAGGAAAAAAGAAACUUGUUAUAUAUAUUCCUAGCAGCUAGCUUGUGUCCAAAUCUUUUGAAAGUUUAUUAUAUAUAGUCGGAACACAUCAUUGUGACGGAGAACUACUGCCUGAAAGUCAUGAAGAUUACAUGAAGACUAUUUGCAGAUCUAUAUUCUACUCAUAUGUAUGGAUUCAAGUCUUGAAACUGAACAUGCCGCCUGAGACCUAUCAUGUAUGCGUCUUCAAGCCAAUUAACACUGCUGAACAGUUCCAGUUGACGGUAUAUUGCCUUAGAGAACUCCCAUACACUUGAUAUCUGUACCAUAAAUCUCAUCUAUGAGGUGUAAACUUGAAGCAUAUAUAUUAUACAUAUAUAAGAUAGGAGAAAUCUUCUUGAUAACCUGUGGAACUAGAUAGCAUCUUUUUGUACCACUUGAGAUUAACGUACGUACUCUAUAUUUAAUAUUUCU